CUUAAAAAUAAAGAUUCGCUUCCCCCAAAACACCACUUGAUGGAAUUCGUUGUCAACGGUCACUUCGGUACAGGUGCAGAUGAGUUGCUAGAUGAACUAUACUCAAUGUCCGUGCGUGUGUCGGAGGUGUUAGACCAGCUGGGUUACAGUGAGUCCAUGGUGAGAUAUCGGUGUGAAGCGACUGAACGGUUGGAUAGGCUACUUAACAGACACCGGACGGACUACUUAGGGAUCACUAUUGGCAGUAAGCAAGAGGGCUAUUGUUGCCCCUUUGAGAGUGAUAGAGACGUGAUGUUUAUCCACGAAACAGUCGUAUGUAGACUGCAAGAAGAUGGAACCAGCUCAUUGCCUGACACUCUCACCGAGUUCAUCAUGGAUAAUAAGUACUGCAACCCUGGGUAUUACAGACUGGAACUUAUACGCAAGGCUAAAGAAGAAGAUUCCAAUAUAACAGCUGCAUUGGUUGUACACAGCAAUGGAAGAGCGUAUGUCUCUAGCCAUAAAUACACAUACCUUCUUCGUAAGUCUUUUAACCUCAACACCGUAUCAGGCCCUGCGUUGACAGAAUGUAACGAUUAUCAAAGUUGGGACUAUGUCUUUGCAUUACCUUGCACCAGUCAAAAACAACUGCUCUCCGAGUGGAUAAACAGACCCAGGUACCACAACUGGCCUUCGCCGGAGCUGAUACAGGAAAUACCACAGCUACCAGCAUUCUUAGUUCCUGUUGGUUGUAAGAGCAGUGAAAAUAAACACAUGGAAUGGAGAGUGUGCUUCAUAGGUGAACUAAAACUCACGGAAAGUUUCAUGGAAUCUCAGUAUAAAUUAUACAUUUUACUUAAAUAUAUUAACAAACAUGUGCUUAAGCCUGUUUGUAAGGAUAUGUCAUCCUUCAUUAUGAAGAAUGUUGUAUUCUGGUAUGUUGAAUCUACUUCCCGUGAAUCGUUUUCGAUUCAUAAUCUGGUUGUUAAUAUCAUUUCCUGCGUAAAAGUGCUACAACAAUCAAUCAGAGAUAACUUCCUUCCCUAUUACAUGAUCCCGGACAGGAACCUCCUUAGAGGCAGAAUUAACCUGACACAACGUCAUCACCUGAUUGCUAAGCUAGACAUGCUGAUACAAGAAGGUCCCCUUGUGAUAAUGAGAUGCCCUAAAGUGCGUUUAGCCUUGCAGAUGCAUUCAGCUGAACUGAUAAAGCAGGGGCUAUGGAGGGUCAAGCUCGAGAAGCUGUGGGUGGAGAUGUGGAACAUGUGGUGGGCUUACUGCUUACCUGGAAUAGAGGUGGAGGAGAUGUUUAGGCAGGCAGGAAGAUCUCAUAGCUUCAUCAAUGUAUGGCAAGAGAUGAAUGACUUGGUAUGGCCACAGUGGAGACUAUACCAGGGACAAGAUUUUCCGACCAUAUACAGACGAAAAAUACUAAUUGCACUAAAAUAA